AUGCCUCAGUUACUAACAACCCUUCCCAGCCCAACCAAAACGGGACCACAACAACAAACAAUGCCUAUCACCACACCCACAAUCCUAGGCCUUCCCACCUCCCACCUCCCCCUCCUCCUCCACUUGUUAAUCGAAACCCCCGCCUCGCUCUCCUUUCUCUUGCGUCCUGAAUCGCAACUUCCCCUUCUUUCUUCCUCUUCUUCUUCCUCUUCGUCUUCCCCAUGUCCAUCUCUAUCUCCCUCUCCCACCACCGAGGACCCCUCCUCUUCAACAAAUCAUCCUCCACGGCAAUCACCACCCAUCACCCCCCAACAAGCAACAGAAGCCCGCCUCAUCUUGCGCAACUUUGGCGGCCUACUACUGAGCGUCAACUGCCUGGUUAUUUACCUCCUCUUCUUGUUCCAUCAUCAUCAUCAUCGAUUUUCUACUACGAGGCCAGGCCCAAACCCAGGAAAUGGAAAUGGAAAUGGAAAUGAAAAUGGAAAUGAAAAUGGAAAUCAAGAAGAAGAACAAGAGCUGAUUAGAGGGGUUACCGCGUGUUUGAGUCUUUACCAUGUGUUUCCGAUAUAUAGGGCUCGGAAGAGGAUUUGGUCUGAGAGGGGAGGAGAAGGAGGGGGAGAAGGAGGGGGAGAAGGAGGGGGAGAAGGAGGGGGAGAAGGAGGGGGAGAAGGAGGGGGAGAAGGAGGGGAGAAGGAGGGGGAGAAGGAGGGGGAGAAGGAGAAGGAGAAGGAGAAGGAGAAGGAGAAGGAGAAGGAAGAUAUGAAGGAUGAGACCCAAAAGACACUUGGUGGACCGGUGGUGCAUUUUGUGGUUCACAUGAUUGUGGGAGGGUUGAUGGGUGCUGCUGGUCUUGGACUUUUGUGAGGUCUAUCGAUCUUUUGAAAAGGUAUUGGAAAUAGUUGGGCGGGGAGCGUGGGAGAGAGAAUACCUAUGUGCAACGAAGAGACUAAUCUACUUGGGAUUUGUCUCACUUACGUGCGCGGAAUUUGGUCAAGGAAUGGCAUAUUUAUGCUGGGUGUAAUUGGAGGUGAAUACUUAGAAAGCAGCAUUGGUUACGUGUCUAUCUACCCAUGUAGCUACAUAACCUGGUGUUUACUCAUUUUCUGGAAGAGAGAGAGAGAGAACUUGCUAUGCCUUUCCUGAAUCGUAAACAUGAACUCAUAACAUUUAUACCGUGUUGAC